AUGAUAUCCGACUCAGAAAGAGCGGGCGUCGAGUAUAAGGGCGUGAAUCCGACUGGUACGGUAUCGUCUGAAGGUGUUCUGGAGACUUUUUCCACCACAAGCGAUUCUUCUGGAGUUGGCGGAACGGGCUCAGACAGAUCCUCACCAUUUAAAAGUUUGUCCAAAUUCUCGUAUUUUUCCACCUUUUCGUUGAGUUCCUUGAUCUGUCCUUGUAACGAGAAGACGGUCAUGAGAAGUUUCGAAAUAACCUCAUUUUGGUUGAGAGACGAAACAAAGUCUGGAUCCUUGAGUUUUUCCGGAUCGUUGAUUUUAAGUGAUUUAAGCAAAGUCAUGGCGAGAAGAGGUGGCAAAGUAUGA